AUGAUCUGCGAUCUAUAUCAGCAGCUUCAUCCGGCUGCCCAUUGGCUGGCCACGCUUGCCUUGCCCCCCGUUCGUUCCCCCCAGCAAGCCCCCGCGCGCUCUCCUCUCCAGCUCCGGACCCGAUCGUGCCCGAAGAUCGUCGUCGGCAGCAAGAACGCCGACGCCGGCGAAUGGAAUCUGUCCUCGUACUCCUCGCCUCGCCUGCCGCGCCGACGCUCUGCGCUCCCGUCCGGCGGGAUUCGCUGCCACCGUGGCUCGGCCAUCCGUCCGCCCAUCCAUCCAUCCAUCCAUCCAUCCUUCUAUCAACAUUCGAGCCGACCGGAUGACCGGAUGACCGGAGGCCCUGUGCUGCUGCUGCUGCUGUUGGUGCUGCUGGGGGCAGAUUUGGCCGGAACCGGUCAAAGGAGCGGAAGAGAGCUUGUGUGGCUGGCCAAGUCCAAGAGCGUGGCGCCACACGCCAGAGGCGAGGCGCGGGGCCGCGGGGCAGGGGCAGGGCCAGGGGAAGCGGAAGGGGCAGCAAGAAAGAAAGCAAAGCAAGGGAAGGGCAGGGAAGGGCAGGGCAGGGCAGGGCGAGGGGGAGGGCGAGAGAGAGAGAGAGCGAAGCAGCAGCAGCAGCAGCGGCAGCGGGAGGACGAGGAGCGACGGCACGAGCGGUAG